AUGCCAAAUCUGAUCCUAUCCGAUGUUGACUUGAAGGACCUUUGCUUGCUUGAGAUCGACAAGCUUUUACAACAGCAUUGGAAAACUCUAGCCGACUUCCCCGGACUACCAAUUCCAAGUGGCCACAAUGCUUCUCUUGAGAAUAGAAUGAUUGCAGAGGAAUUGGAUUACGACAUUGAGCAGUGUGAAACGCAUUUCCAGAAAUUGUAUCCUAAAUUGAACCACCAACGGAAACUGGCCUUCGAUGAAAUCCUACUCUCGGUGAAUGAAAACCAAGGAAGGUCCUUUUUUGUUGAUGGAUUUGGUGGAACAGGUAAAACGUUCUUAUGGCAACUACUGUGUCUAAAACUGCGCUCUGAGAAAAAGAUAGUGCUAUGUGCGGCAUCAUCUGGUAUAGCAGCUUUGUUAAUGCAGGGAGGGAGAACAGCUCAUUCAAGAUUCCACAUCCCCAUAGAUGCGAAUUCCACAGCAACAUGCUAUAUUCAACAAGGCACAGAGUUAGCAGAAUUAAUUCAACAGACUUCUCUUAUUAUAUGGGAUGAGGCUACAAUGGCACACAAGCAUUCUAUUGAAGCUUUGGAUCGAUCAUUACGAGAUAUAUUGUCCAUAAAAUAUCCAAACAAUGAUGAUGUGCCUUUUGGAGGAGUCACAGUGGUUUUCGGGGGGGAUUUUCGACAGACUUUGCCAAUCAUUGACAAGGGUACGCGUUCCCAAAUUGUUGCUUCUUCUCUUAAAUAUUCAUAUCUAUGGGGUACUCUGACAGUUCUGAAGUUGAAAGAAAACAUGAGAUUAGCUAGAUCAAAUUGUACAUCCGAAGAAGCUCAACAGAUAUCUCAAUUUAGUAAAUGGCUGCUCGAAAUAGGAGAUGGGCUAGAGUCUGAUAUUUUUGGGGAAUCUGAUAUAUGCAUUCCCCUAGAGUUGGGUGUUCCGCGGAUAUUAGACCCAAUAGAAGACAUUGUCAAUUCGACAUACCCAAACCUUAAAGCUUCAGCAAGUGAUAACACAUAUUUGGUCGGAAGAGCUAUAUUAGCACCACACCACAAUAUGGUGUCUGCGAUAAACUCAUAUGUGCUACAAAUGUUCCCUGGUGAAGAAGUGUCAUAUUAUAGCUCGGACUCCAUAGAGGUAGAUCCCGGGAAUGAAUAUAUCACCGAGUCGGAUUACUCAGUGGAGUUCCUAAAUACCUUAAAGAUUGGAAAUUUUCCUGAGCAUGCAUUGAAGUUGAAGAUAGGUUGUCCGGUUAUAUUAUUGAGAAAUAUGGACCAGAGCACUGGUUUAUGCAAUGGAACAAGGAUGAUAAUCAAGAAAUUGGGUACUUGGUUUAUAGAGGUAGAAAUUCUUAUGGGUACACAUGUUGGUAGCACAGUUUUCCUCCGCAGAGUGACAUUGACGACAUAUUACAAGAGCUUGAAUUUUACACUCAUCAGGCGGCAAUAUCCAAUAGCAUUAUGUUUUGCAAUGACAAUAAACAAAAGCCAAGGUCAGACGCUUCAACAUGUUGGAUUGUGCCUGCAGAAACAGGUAUUUGCACAUGGUCAACUCUAUGUUGCUCUCUCUAGAGUGACGACAAAACAUGGAGUAAAGAUUCUUAGCUUGGAUGAUCAAGGAGAGGAACGUCACACAAUGCAAAAUAUAGUCUAUCGAGAGAUAUUGGACUAA